AUGUCCGAUCCCGCCAGCCAACUCCGCAUCCAAGAUAGCAAGCAGAGGCUCAAGCAGGCAUACGACACCGCCGUCAGCACCAAAGAAAGUGCCGAGUCCGAUUUCAAGGAAGCGGAGGACGCUGGCUUCACUGACGGUCAAGACUUCAAGCAAUGGUCUCUUCAGAACGCGCCUGUGUGGAGCGUAGCCCUAAAUGAUUACCAAGGAGCAAAGGCUGCGUACAGCGCGGCACUUCAACAUGGCGACAAGGAAGCUUCCCAGGCUUGGGAGAAGAAGUAUAGAGAGGCAGUGUUAGGAGAUAACCCUGCAAAACCCGACUACGAUGUUCUCGUCGAGCCUUGA